AUGAUUCUUCUUGCUAUGAAACACUUUCGUCAACGGACAAGAAGGUUUUCGGUAUUUGCGACAGCUAUCAAGACCCAUCUUAAUGGAAGAGAAUAUGUUUCAUCACGGAAGCCUUAUGAGACAUUAGUUCGUGAUUCUCAAAUGGCAGCACACUCUUAUGUCCAUGGAGCAAGUCACACAUCUGUCAUGAAACAGCAAGACCAGCACAUGGAAGAGCGUGAACUUUGCAAUGAACAGUUGCUAAUGGAGAAAGACAGGGAGAUAGAGCAUCUGAUGUCUCUCAUACCUUCUGGUAGGCAAGAAGCAAGCAACCGAUCAAGGCAAACUUACCCACAGGUUGGCGAAGGUCGCAGCAUGUUUCUUCCAUCAGCGGAUUGCCAGUUAGCAGAAAAUGUUGCCUCUCAUUUGAGUGCUGUAAUUCGUGAAGUAGUCAAAUAUGGAUCUGACCAGCACUAUGAGUUCGGAUUGCAACUGAAGCUGACUCAUUCUCAAAUUGUAGUCAUAGAGGAUCGUGUUUCCAAUAGUCAACAAAAACUGCGACAACACAUUGAAACAAGACGACUUCAAGUUGUUGAUGAGACUGUCACACAUGAAUUGCUAGAUGCAUGCAGGAACAUUUCGUUUCCUAUAAUUGGAACUGUCUUACAAGAACUGCGACGUGUUGGUCACCUAGAAGGAGGUUCCACUUGAUGGCUAAAUUACAUGAAUGGAUCAAAGCAAUUAAUUCUCACAUUUCAACUCUAAAGUGACACUUUUGUUAUUGUUUGUCAGUUAUGUGUGUCACAAACUGCUGUACUGCUUGGAGCAACAUUUACUGCUUGUUUGCUUCUGUCAUUGGCGUAGUUUGCUAAAUGUGAGUGGCUAGUGAAAUUUCACUGUAUUUUAUAUUAUGUAUCUUAACAAAUCUUGUCAUUUAUAUUAUACUGGGGGAGUGCCAGGUUUCUGACA